AUGUCUUCUCUCUUCACCGAUAACAAAGAUUAUCGAGCCAUUGAACUUGAAGAAAAAUUCAAGUCCCUCAAGAAAGGCACUCUCUCCAUUCACGAUUAUUGCCAAAUAAUCAAAACCACGGCGGGCAAAUUGGCCGAUGUCGGAAAUCCAAUCUCCGACAAACAACUCGUCCUACAAACCCUACACGGCCUUCCGAAAAAUUAUGGGACCGUCGCCAACCUCAUCUCCUUUAAGAAUCCCCUUCCCACCUUUCUACAGACUCGAUCGCUUCUUCAGAUGGAAGAAACAAGAAUUGCUGAACUGGAGCAGACCGCUGUUGUUUUCUACGCCUCCAACGCGAACUGUCCAUCCCACAGUUGCAACGGUUCCUGCAAUAGUUCCCGCGGAGGUAGUUCUUCGCGCUAUCAGCGCGGGGGUGGCCGAUCCAACCAUUGCGGAGGUCACAGCACUAACCGUCACCCCAUGCAACACUACGGCUACCAGAGUGCUCAUGGUGCAUCUCAACUCUGGCGCGCACCUUACUGA